AUAACGCGCACUCUGAGUUUAUAGUUGUAGAUCAUUUGCUCCUAUGACAACUUACUUGCGACCCACUUUCCUGCGAUAUACUCCAAGUACCAUAAGGCUAAUGCAAGACGCCUUAGGUCACAAUUGCUUUUUUUACACGCCUAUUGUACCUGCCGAGGACAUGAUGAAGUUCAAGUCGCUCUACCUAUAGCCCGCGGCUCUGGCAUUAGCAUCCUGCUGUCUCUCUAGCUUUUUUCUUGCCUUCACAAUUCCCUAAGCAUGGCGUCCAAGCAGCGAGACAUGGCGGAUUCUAUGCACUACGAGUCGAGGCAAAUCCGCGAUGAGCUUCAGGCCAGCCAUGCGCGGCUGAAAUCCGCACGGUCAGGGCGACUUGCUUCCGACCUGCAGCCGCAGCAAGGGGCCCUUAUGAUGCAGGAGUGGGAGGGGCUCUCGAGCGCUGGAGACCUGGACAAUGCUUCGCAGGGCCAUACGCUGGCCAGCGGCAACCCGCAGUAUGAACAGAUGCGUGCAGCACUGCUAGCAUUUGAACGCGAGUUGGGCUACUCUGUCCCAGCUCGCGAGCGCGCCUUCUUCUCAGCCCUGCGCACGCAGCUGAUGGAAGCCGGGGCGCAACGUGAUAAUGAGCAGCGGAACAUGCACAUAGCGGCCACCUUUAAAUGGUUCGCACGGCACAAGCCCCAGGGUCCGGAGGCGGAUCCCAUCACCGCGGCCGUACUGGCGUCCUCGCUAGCCGUGGAGGCCGUCGGCGGGCCGCCGCAGCCGCCUGACCCCCGCCAGGCUCCUUCCUCCUCCGCGUCCUCCGGCCAGCUGAGCUCCCUGCAGCGCAUGGGGUCGCCCACGAUGGGGCUCGCAGCGCACUCCUCCAAUGCCGCCGCCAUUGCUGCUGCCGCCGCCGGGCCGCCCGGGGGCCAAAGCCGGCACCAUUUCUUCGACGUGUACACGCGAGCCCCUGUCGUACAUACCAGCGCAACCGCCGCGGCUGCUGCCGUCGCGGUGGCAGCGGCCGCAGCGACUGCGUACGGGCCAGGGGCGAGGGGCGCAAAGGCGGCGGCCGCGGCGGCAGCAGCAGCGACAACAGCCGCGGCGCCCGCAUCAAAACGAUCUGGGGAGGCCGGUUCCCAGUCCCUGUCGCUGAAUCACCCCCUUGCCAUGUACCCAACCGUCGCGACGGGGCAUCCCAUGCGAUUCGGCCUCGGAGGCGCCUCAUCGACCACGACUGCUCCGCCGCCGCCUGCCUCCACUAGCGCUGCCGGCAGCGGCGGCUUAGGCGGCGGCGGCGGCCCUCGGGCUCGCUUUGCUUCCACUGAUCUCUACGCUCCAGGGAAGCUUGUACGGCCGCAGGAAUUGGACGAGCUAGACCACCGCGCGGCGCAGGUAGCUGCCGCAUCGGCGGCGGCGGGUGUGUCUGGCGGCGGCGCCGAGGGCAGCUCGACUCGCGGCGGGGGGCAGCUACAUCAGAAGCCGUGGAUACCUGGGCCGCACCGGGCGCCCGUGACCACCCUCGGGAGUAAUGGCGGCGCCGCUGGCGGCAGCAAGGGCGGGGCCCGUAGGGGCGCUGGCGAAGAGGAGGAUGAGGUGCAGGUGCUGCGCAACAAAUGGUCCGUCAUGGAGGCGAGGACAUCCCAAUCGGUUGCUGACGUUCAGUCCAAGCUGGCUGAAUGGACGCUACAACGAGCCCGGUUAGAAGAGGAAAUUGUACGACGCCAAGAGGCCAGCCGCUACGCCGCCCCUGGCGGCAUGCACUCUGGCGGCAUGCCCUGGCCCCACCACCUGGGCCGACCCGACGUUGACGACGGUUCCGCCCUCGUGGGCACCCUUUCGCCGUACGCUAACGCCAAUGCAGACCUGGCCGCGGCAACCGCCGCCGCCGCCACCUUCUCCACCUCCGUCAACUUCAUGAUGCCGCCGCCGCCCGCCGGUGGCGGCGCCGCCGCCGCACUGGGUGCCAGCAUGCGCAUGCGGCACGCUGAGGUGGCAAUGUAUGACAGAGGGAAAACAGAUUUGCUCAUGCGGCUGAACAACAUGGGGCUGAAUGUGAGUGGGGAGACGCUUGACCGAGCGCUGAGGCCUGUGGAGGACCGGCCGUUCCUGGAUUGCAUUGCGCGGCUGCCCAAGCCGGGAGAGCACUUGGUGAGCCGGCCGGGCUCGGUGGGGCAGCAGGGGGCGUCUAAGAAGAAGCGCAGCAAAAGCUCGAGCAAGAAGCGACCCACAAGCGGGCGAUAGCGAGUGGUGGCUAGCGUGCAGUUGUGGUUAGAUGCAGGGCAAGGAUGAGGGCAGGAGGGAGGAGUUAGGGAGCUGGAGGUAGAGGGAGCUGGAAAAGGCUUAGGGAUAGAAACCUACAGAGCGAGUGCCAAUAUGUUCACAAAAACUGGCCGUGAAUGGGAACGUACUGUGAUGCCAAUGUGUAUGCGUGUGAGGACUAGCACUUCGGCUCGAAUGCGCGAUGCUAACGGCUAACGGAGGAGGUAUUGGUGAAUGAGAUGCCGCCACGUAAGGUGGCAACAUAGGCUGGCAAUAUGGCUUUGACCUGCCAUGGCAAUAUCACACAGAUGUGGUAGGUUAGCGGUAAGUCUCAAGCGCGGGUGGGACCCUUGCCACAAUAUAGAAGUGAGCUCUUGCCACAAUGUAGCAGUGAAGAGGGAAGAUAGUCCGUAGCUUAGUUUCCGACAGUCCUGUACUCCAUAAUUCAUUUUACUGCAUCACUAAGGGGUCAUUGGGAGAGGAGGAUCCCCCGUUGCCUGUACUGGUUAAUAGCACUUGUAUUUGUGUGUUUUUGCGUAUGUCCGCACCUCCUCGUGUGGGGUGAUGCAACAACGCGUCGUUUUGUGAUGUAGCACCUGCGAUUGGGAUGUAUUACAGCAGCUGAAGGCUUGCGACUGUUUUGCAUAUUAUGCUGAUAGAGCACGUAAAGGUAUGCGCACAUCUCGUGGGGGUUUGAUUGGCCACAUGGCCCUUUAACAAUCCUCCGCACGCGCAACAAGCCACGGGUGCCCGCAGAUACCCUAGCGAACUGUACAGCUUUCACGAAGUCGUGAUUGUCAGUUCCGGUAGCCCCAUUCGUCACCCCCAGUAAGCAGCAGCCCAGCACUAUCCUCCC